AUCCCCUUCCAUACUGCAAGGUGUUACUUGUGCAGUCGCUGCUGAUAUGGAUGAUGAGAGAUUCCAACAGCUACUCAGCGUUCUGGGGCAGAAGAACGUUCAGCUGAGCGAAGAACAGCUGAGCUGCUUAGCCAAGAGGGUACUGCUCAGUGGACCCCCAGAGGAUUUCAACAACUACCCUAAAGACUUGUUUCUCUUUUUAAGGCCUUCAGACCUUGCAGGAGGUGAAAACUGCAAGAAGUAUGUCACUCGUGUCGGAAAAGCCAAUAUUGAUGUCCUGGAAAGAGAUUCCCCACAACGGAAACAGCUUCUGUCAGAGGCGUUAGCUUGCCUGGACAUCCAUGAUCUACAGGUAACCAAGAAAGAUGCGGCAAUUCUGGGCCACUUAGUCUGUGAUCUUGGUGCAGACUACAUCGCAGCAUCCGGCAACAAUUUUCUGACGCAGUUAAAUCAGUGCCAGUCUUUCACACCCGAACAAAUCAAAGCAAUCCAAGCUCUCCUCAGCAGUGGAAGAACCUCCUUUGGGCUUCCUUCAACAUGGUCAAGUUCUACCCUGGAAGAACUGAGUGGUUUGCUCCCUAUAUUUGAUCACAGCAUCCUACAAAGUAUUCCUGCAAAUGUAUUAAAGCCAUGGCUGAAAGACUUCUUACACCGUACCCAUAUGCCAACAGAACAGCUGGCAUCUGUUGUGAAAAACCUCCACCCCUCCAGGCAGAAACGUAAUUCAGGAUGCCCAGCUGAUAAGACCAUAACACAGGAGGUGCUUGAUGAUGAACUGAUGCCUCUUUAUUACGAUAACGAGGAAUUACGCCAGUGCUUGGGUGACGCAACCCUGCAGGCCAAUUUCAACAAGAUCUCAAGUUAUGCUUUCACUGAGGAGCAGUUGAUGGUGCUUAAAGAGAAGCUGGACCGGAUUUAUCCUGAUGGGUAUCCCGAUUCGGUUAUCAAUAGCAUGGGAAGCCUCCUCAGCCUAAUGACUCCUGAGGAUAUUAAGAAAUGGAAGCUCAACUCGCCAGACACCCUUGUUGCUUUGCUGGACAACGCUCCCGAUGAUGAAGUGGCCAGGGAGAUUAUUCAGCAAUAUGGCAAGUCCGGAGGCCAGUUUGAUGCCACAGCUCUGGAUGCUGUUGGGGGACGUUACAUGUGCUCCUUGACCCAAGGCCAGCUUAAAACGAUCACAGAGAAUGCUAUCAAGAGUGCCAAGACCCUCAACAUUGGUGGGUGUCCUCAGACUACCAAGGAUAUCCUGUACCCAAAAGCCAAGAGGGCUUACUCUGACCGACACAACGAGUUCCCUGCUUACUAUAACCUCAUCAAGCCGUACCUGGGAGGUGCUCCGGGUGAGGAUCUGAGGGCGCUCAGCAAAAAUAAUGUCAACAUGGACAUCAACACUUUCAAGGGCUUGCGAAAGGACGCCGUGAUGCAACUAAAACCCACCGAUGUCAAACAAUUGCUGGGGAUGAAUGUAGCAGAGCUGAAGACUCAAGAGAACGAUCCCUUCGUAAGAGACUGGAUCGUGAAGCAGAAGCAGUCUGAGCUGGACACCCUGGGCCUUGGGCUCCGAGGGGGGAUCCCUGAUGGAUACAUUGUUGUGCCUGACGAAGAAAAGAAACAGACCUCCGGAGCGCCCCGUGCCGCCACCAUUGCCCAUCUCCUGCACCUCUUCGCUGCGUUCCUCCUGACACUGUUGCUGGCUUCUUUCCUUUCAUGAAACUCUCCUGCUCUAAUCAAAAAACGGGCAAUGUGGUAAUGAUGAUCGAUCUCAUUUUGCUGCCAUUUUCUAUCAACUUUCAACUUUGCCUGCGGUGGGAAGAACAAGAAUACCCUUAGGGAAGUGGGUGAAGGAGAUUAUUUUAGGAAAUCAAGCGGAAUCCUUUCCGGAAGUCCAUUCGACUUCCAAAACAUUCGGAAGCUGCGUUGGAUGUUUGGGUUCCA